AUGUCGGUUUCUAUCUCCUUUGGGUCCGCUCGUCCAUCCGAAAUCCCUAGUGAGGAGCUGGGACCAACUCGGGAUUCGGAAAUGUAUAUUCCGCAGACCGUGGUAAUGGGGAUCUUCCUGGCGAUAUUCGCGGCCCAGAUGGCGAUCAACGUCAUCCAGAUCAGGCGCGCGAGACAACGGGGUGUAGCAGAGGGCAGACGCAACGCGAAUCCGGAAACGGUAGGGACUAGGCUACCAACCGAACAAGAAGAUGAGGCACGGGCGGUAGAUACGGAAACCGUUCCCGAAGAGGCUGGAUGA